CAUGUAUGCAUGCGAUACAGUAGUCAUCAAAGUUAUUUAAGAGAACUCCCGGAGAGAUCACCUACUCUUUUGCAAAAGACAAAGGGACUAAUGUAUUCCAAGCUCUUGCAUGCAGCAGUCAGAGGACGGAUUCCUUCAUUGUAUAGACAACAACAAAAAUGUGAUCCAAGCGGAAAUUGUUCAACAACUUGUAACAUAGCAGACCAGGAUUGUUGGAUUCACAGGAGUUUCAAUGUCUGUAGACCCAGUUACUACAAAGAAAUGGAAAAAGUACCUUGGAGAGUUACGUGUGAUCAUCCGGUUCCCACUGCCAUACUCCUCAUGCGCGGCUUGUCAACUUGAACUGGGCAACG